UCCCGCCCGGCUGAGGCCGGCGCGCCGCGCUCGAGUGGCUGUUUCUCCGCCAACGGGUGGCGAGGGCCCGAGGAGCGCGGAUGCCGGGUGCGCCGGCCAUGUCUCCCUGGGCGGGGGCCGAACUCUCGGCGCUGAAUCCGCUGCGUGCCGUGUGGCUCACGCUGGCCGCGGCCUUCCUGCUGACCCUACUGCUGCAGCUCGUGCCGUCCGGCCUGCUUCCGGGCUGCGCGCUCUUCCAGGACCUGAUCCGCUAUGGAAAAACCAAGGAAGGGGGGCCGUCGCGACCGGCCGCCUGUCGGGCUUUUGAUGUCCCCAAGAGGUAUUUUUCUCACUUCUAUAUCAUCUCAGUGCUGUGGAAUGGCUUCCUGCUUUGGAGCCUUACUCAGUCUCUGUUUGUGGGAGCACCUUUUCCAAACUGGCUUCAUCAUUUACUCAGAAUUCUUGGGGCUGCGCAAUUCCGAGGGGGUGAGCUCGUGCUGUCUGCGUUCUUAGUGCUAGUGUUUCUGUGGCUACACAGCCUACGAAGACUCUUCGAGUGCUUCUAUGUCAGUGUCUUCUCCAAUGCCAUGAUUCACGUCGUGCAGUACUGUUUUGGACUUGUCUACUAUGUCCUUGUUGGCCUAACUGUGUUGAGCCAAGUGCCAAUGGACGGCAGGAAUGUCUACGUGAUAGGGAAAAAUCUCUUGAUGCAAGCUCGGUGGUUCCAUAUCCUCGGAAUGAUGAUGUUCAUCUGGUCAUCUGUCCAUCAGUAUAAGUGUCAUGUCAUUCUCGGAAAUCUCAGGAAAAAUAAAGCAGGUGAAGACAGAAAAGGAAGUAGUGAUGUCCUCAAAGAGGCUCCGAACAAAGUUGUGUGGUCUUUGGCGAAAGCUCAGCCGUGGAGAAUAAUUGAGAAUUGUGCUUGCAAGAUCACAGUCAACGUUGCUCUUUGUGCUAGUAAAAAUAGUCCAUGUGCCUAAAGGGAGAACACCAGAGAGAGUCUGCAGAUUCUUCACAUGGAUAAUCCAGAAAUAGCUUGGGGCUGGAGAUUCUUGGUUUUCCUAUUGGCUUAGUUGAAUAGCUUUACUCUUUAAUUCUCUGUUACUAUUAAGUUCGGGAAAAUGUUACUGAACUACCUCAUGACAGCAUUCCCUGGAUUAGCUACUGACUAGAAAAGUGUACUGAAAAUAGCCUUUGUUUUUAAGUCUUCAAGUUGUAGCUCAUCCUCUAUACUAACAUUUGCUUUCAGUAGCAUGGAUUAUUUUGUCUCCACAAAGCUUUGUUCUGUAUUGUGUUUUUAAUUCAAUGAGUGGUUAUUGCUAGAAUUUCUAUCCCAAAAAAAAGCCUUUGCCAGUACUUUUAUAUGAAGCUUAAUGGAUAGUUUAAGGAGACUGUAAACAUUUGCAUAACUGAAGUUACCUGAAAAUUCAAAGACCAUUGAUAAGUAAUAUAUCUCAAAAUGAACUGUUGUAUUAAAGGUCUUAAAAUAGUAAA